AUGGCGAUGAUGUCUGAUCUUUCGCAGGGUUUGGUAAAGGAGAUACUCUCUCGGGUUCCUAUAUCAUCUCUGAGAGCUGUGAGAUCUACUUGCAAACAAUGGAACAGUUUAUCCAAAGAUCCGAGCUUUACAAACAAGCAAUGUGCUAAAGCAGCCAAGGAUUUGAUGGUGAUCAUGGUUAAUGAUUUUAAGGUCUGUUUGAUGAGCGUUAAUCUCUACGGAGACCAUAACCACAAAGACUUGGUUGAUCCAUCUAUAAAGCGAAUUGGUGAACUUAAUCAAGUCAAGAUAUUUAACGUCUUCUAUUGUGAUGGCUUAUUGUUAUGCCUCACCAAGGAGAAAGAGAGCAACACUACUAGCCUCGUGGUUUGGAACCCGUACUCGUGUCAAACCAGUUUGAUCAAACCUAGGUCCACUUACGGAAGAUCAGAUAUGUUUGGUAUCGGAUACGACAAGAACAACAACCACAAGAUUUUGAGGCUUUUCUUUGAGUUUGGCUACAAUUUAGAGUAUGAAAUCUAUGAUUCAAAAUCUAACUCAUGGAGGGCUCUUGCCAUCUCAUCUACUGUAGUGUUAUACAAAAAAGGCGUGUCAUUGAAAGGUAGCACUUACUUUUUUGCUCAAGAAAGAAUAAAAGUUGAAGAAGUAGAUAAAGAAUGUGUUUUACUCUGUUUCGAUUUCACAAGAGAGAGAUUUGGACCGGUUCUGCAUCUCCCGUUUCACUGUGAUGUUAGAUACGAUGACAUGGUUCUAUCUGCAGUUAGAGAAGAGCAGCUUGCAUUUUUGUUUCAGCGCUUAUAUACAUAUAAGAUGGAGAUAUGGAUUACAACUAAGAUCAAGCCCAAUGCGGUGUCAUGGAACAUAUUCUUAGGCGUUAAUACGGAAACAAUCAUCAGUGGUCUUAAGUUUGUGGUUGAGCCCAGGAGUUUCUUUGUUGACGAGGAUAAGAAAGUUGCAGUGAUUUGUGAUAUAGAUAGAUUUGAACCGACCAAGACCUGA